GCAGAACAGCGUCUUGUUUCCGAGCGCACCGCAUCUCUGGGAAUUUUGGUUUAAUGUGACUAAAUCUAAAUUCUUUGCGUUUACGCGUCGGUCGGUUUUAUUCUAACACUGUCUGUGUUUAUUACUUGAACUGUGUCAGCCAGUGUUUUGACUCAGAUCCUGUUUGAUAACAGGCCUUUCCAUUCAACUCUCAUUUUAUUCAUAUUCAACCUUAAACACUCUCAAGGAUCAGAAGGUUUUUUUUGUGAAGAAAUCGUCCGGACAUUUGCUGUUUCUUUUUCCACCGAAAAGGAUUUUACAGGCCUCCUGCCACAUCUUCGAAAGUAUGAAACAACCUGCUGCCAAAACUGAGAUGAAUUUCUUGAACAUGUCUCCUGAGGAGGACAACAGCAGCUCCAACAGCACUGAGUACACUUUCCAGGACUGUACGAAGAAGGUCCCACUGGACAGCCAAUGCUCUGAUAUCGACGCAGAGAGUCAGAAGUUCCUCCCAGAGCAUAACCUGGGGAAGAAGAAGUAUGAAACUGAAUAUCACCAGGGCAACGCUUCCUUUGGCAUGUCCGUCUUCAACCUGGGCAACGCCAUCAUGGGCAGUGGCAUCCUGGGUCUGUCCUACGCAAUGGCCAACACUGGCAUUGCCCUAUUUGUGAUUCUCCUCAUGGCCGUUGCCAUCUUCUCCUUGUAUUCUGUCCACUUGCUGCUGAAGACGGCCAAUGAAGGAGGUGCACUGGUGUACGAGCAGCUGGGUUACAAAGCCUUCGGGUUGCCAGGGAAACUCGCCGCUUCCUUCUCCAUCACCAUGCAGAACAUUGGAGCCAUGUCAAGCUACCUCUAUAUCGUCAAAUACGAGCUGCCCAUCGUCAUCCAGGCCUUUCUGGGAACCAGCAAUGGGGAGUGGUACACUAACGGAGACUACCUGGUGCUGCUGGUGACGUUCACCAUCAUCCUGCCCCUCUCCCUGCUCAGGAACUUGGGUUACCUUGGUUACACCAGUGGUCUGUCCCUGCUCUGCAUGGUGUUUUUUGUGAUCGUGGUGAUCAUCAAGAAGUUCCAGAUCCCUUGCCCUCUGUCUGAAGACAUCAGCGCUCUGAAUGAAACCAUGAGCAAGUUGCUGAACAUGACCUUGUCCCACCCAAACACCAGCGCCGUGGACUACAGCGAGGACGCGUGCACGCCGAAAUACUUUGUCUACAACACGCAGACUGUCUAUGCUGUUCCCAUCCUGACCUUCGCCUUCGUGUGCCACCCGGCCAUCCUGCCGAUGUACGAGGAGCUCAAAGACCGUUCCCGCAGAAAGAUGCAGGGUGUUGCCAACGUGUCCUUCCUGGCCAUGUUCAUCAUGUAUCUGCUGGCCGCCCUCUUCGGAUAUCUGACCUUCAACCUGCGCGUGGAGCCUGAGCUGCUGCACACCUACUCCAAAAUCUACCAGUUUGAUGUGGUCCUGCUGAUCGUCCGUCUGGCCGUGCUGACCGCCGUCACCCUCACCGUCCCUGUGGUGCUCUUCCCUAUUCGUACCUCCAUCAACCAGCACCUGUCCUCCUCUAAGGAGUUCAGCUGGAUCCGCCACUCCAUCAUCACCGUGGUCCUGCUGGCUGGCACCAACGCCCUGGUUAUCUUUGUGCCCACCAUCAGGGACAUCUUUGGCUUCAUCGGCGCUUCUGCUGCUGCCAUGCUCAUCUUCAUCCUGCCCUCGGCUUUCUACAUCAAACUGGUGAAGAAGGAGUCCAUGAGGUCUGUGCAGAAGAUCGGGGCCACCGCCUUCCUCCUGUGCGGCCUCGUGGUCAUGAUCGGCAGCAUGAGCCUCAUCAUCAUGGACUGGAUCCACAACGCCACAGCCAGCCCAGACGCACACCCCAACGGACACUAAAGCUCCGCCUCUCCUGCUGCAGCCUGCCGGAGGAGGGAGAGCGGUACGCUUCCAGCACUGGACUGCUAACGACCACGCAACCAACGAAGAUCGAAAAACCUAUUGUAAAAGAAGAAAAACACAAAGAACUCACUUGAUGCUCGGCUUUGACUUCCUGAGCAACAGACCAUUGCCAUUCCAAGAGAAUGUAUCCAAACUUUGUACAGUUUGCUGUUAUAGGCCACAAAGAUGGUGUUUUACUUGCUUUCUUCUUUUUAUUGUAGCUUUUUUUUUUUUUUUUUCAUUGUCGUU